GAUCGCAUCAUGCAUGUCGGACAGUUCACGACAAACACUCGCAGAGUCAACAUCGUCGGAGAAUUUCAUUCAAAAACUUAACAUUCGAAAACAUGGCCGUUGAAUGUGUCAAUAGCACAGCCUAUGUAGGCAAGAUUCUUUCAGAGAGGCGGAAGGCUAAGAAACCUCUCAUGGAAAAAAUGCGUCGUGCCAGAAUUAAUGACAGUUUGAACGAACUCAAGAACCUUGUUCUGGAACUCCUUCAGAAAGAUGCCUCUCGUUAUUCCAAGAUGGAGAAAGCUGAUGUUCUUGAAAUGACCGUGACUUACCUAAGAGCCAUGCACCGAAAAGACAGUGGCAUUGAAGAUCCUCAGUCACCAGCCGAAUACAGAGCCGGCUUCAACCACUGCGUGAGCGAAGUCAACAGAAGUAUGACAAGUGAAGGAAGCGAGCAGCUCAGGGAAAAACUCUUGUCACACUUGGCUUCAUGCUACCAUAGCAACGCCACUAACCGUGUCGCCACGAGCCACGCGUCAGGGAUUCCCGCCAUGACUCAGAGUUUUCCCGCCAUUGCGCCUAACACCGUCUGGGUUCCAUAUCCUUCACCACCGCCAUCUCCCACAAAUCAACCUACAAUUUUUAAUCCCUUAACAAGUCCAAUUAAAACUGAAAUGCCAAGAAUACCAUCCCCGAUCAGUCCAUCGGCAGUUCAAACACAGAAAAUCAGCAUCUCGCCUGCGAGUUCUCCAAGCGCCACUACAAAGACACCGCUAUGGCGUCCUUGGUGAUCAGUGAACGCCGAAAUAAAUCUACAGUGUUAGAAAUUGAUCUCAAAACAAGCGACAUCGAGAGAUUUUUCCUCUUGCAAAUAAUUUAUCCAGAAGAGCCUACUUUUAAUAUUUACUAUGUAAAUAGUCGUAACGUAUUUAAAUUUUUAAAAAAGAUUUUAUUAUCGACAAAAGGUUAUGCUGCGAGGCAGUUUUAAAUAAAA